AUGUCGGCGCGAGCAGCUUCCUCGACUAAUGGCCGCGCUGGACGACCGUCGUCUCAGCUCAUUCAAGCUGCCGAUGUUGGAGGUCAUGAUGGAAACCUGAGCGUUGAAGAGCAACCUGAGCAGGCAUGGCACCGCCCGCCGGUGCGCGCCGCGUCCAGGAAGGCUGCCCAAAAAUCAUGGGCGACGUAUAUACCAAAGAGUCGUAACUCACUGAAUCCGCCUAGCAGUAAGGUAACGAAGUCGUCGGCACCUUCAUCUGCCGCAGGCACGCGCGCGUCAGUCGAAGAAACACAGAAAGGGACCAAGGAGAAGCGCAAACGUGCAGAGUCCGUGGCGAAGGAAGCAGGCAAGGGCGCGGUUGAUACGAAGAAAGGCGCUGCGAGCUCGGAGCGCCGUGAGCCAAAGAAGGCAAAGACAGGCGCACAGCCAAGUCGGUGUUAA